GUAAAAUUAAAAAUGGCUACUUAAAUGAGUGUAAACACGUGUGGUUAUUGUGAAAAUAGAUUGUUCCUGUUCACGUUGUGACCAUUUAUGGUGAAAAUGACUAGAAAAAAGCCAUGCUGUGUUCCUGGAUGUCGAGAUACAACAUCUAUCCGGCAUCGCUUGCCAAAAAAUGACGAUGUUUCGUAUAAGAUAUGGCUGGAAAGAAUAAACAACCCUAGGCUUUUGUCGCUGGAUAAGGAACGUGUUUAUAAAACAUACGUCGUGUGUGAACGUCACUUUAUAGAUGACUGCAAAAAUCUUGGUUCGAAGCAUUUAAAGAUCUAUUCGCUUCCAUCAUUGCAUUUACCAAAUUUCACAGAAGUAGGUACCGUAAAUAACUCCUUUGGAUAUCCACGAAAAGGUAGUUAUAAUGGAAUACCAAGCUGUGAAAAAGAUAUUUCAGAAUUACCAUGUAAGGCAAGAGCGGACACAUUACAAAAAGCAUCAAAUGAACAUAAUUCACAAAUUCAAGCUAUGGAUGUUGAUCGUGGUAUUGAAGACAACAUUGAUUCAUGUUCCUUAAUUGAAAAGCAAGGACAGGAGACAGCCACAAAUACUAUGGACAUCAGUUUUUUCGAAAGCGAUGGAGUGUGGCCCCUUGACACAGUAGAUCUUCAAAUGAAUGAAGAAACAGGAAACCAAAUGGCAGAUGCAACAAUAAGGAAUGAGCAUUCUGGUUCACGUCUAAAAAAUAGAAACAAUUCUUUGCUUAAAAAAACUGGAACAACACGGCAGAUGAAACUCACUCCCAAAGCACAGAAGCUUUAUUCUGAAGCAACUAAAUUGCUCCGACAGAAAAGAUGUCUCUCCCUGCGAGUAAAGCAAUAUAAAACAAGAGUAAAGUUAGCAGAAAAAUUUUCUGAAAGUAGUUUUUUUGAUAACUUAAUAAAUAAAGUUGACUUAGUUACAUAUAACUUCAUUAUGUCUCAAAUCAGAACACAAAAGCACAAACCUAAGGGUAGGCGCUUCACAUUAAAUGAUAAGAUAUUUGCUCUCUCUGUCCUGAAACAAAGUCCCAAAGGGUAUAAGUUGCUGUCUAAAUAUUUUUCUCUGCCUUCAAAAAGACUUUUAAAUAAUCUCCUGCAAAAGCUUGACUUCAAGCCUGGUAUCAACAUGCGUGUCAUGGCACAUUUAAAGGAAACUGUGACCAAGUUGAAUCAGAAAGACAGGUACUGUUGUCUCAUGUUUGAUGAAAUGAGCCUUCAUCCCAAUAUUCAAUAUAUGGUGAAAGUGUUGACAGGAUAGAGGGGUUUCAGGAUCUAGGGAAUGGAAAACAGAAACCAACGUUUGCUGAUCAUGCUUUGGUUUUUAUGGUGCGUGGUAUCAGAAGAAGGUGGAAGCAACCAGUUGCAUACAUGUUUACCGACAGCACUUUUAAGGCCCCACAGCUUGUACAAUGCAUUAAAAACGUGAUCAGUACCUUGCAAGAGACAGGCCUGAAGGUAGUCGCCACAAUCUGUGACCAGUCAUCUACAAAUACUGCCGCUGUAAACUCACUUUUACGACAGACCCAGGAAACUUAUCUAAGGGCAGAAGUUGAAAACCGUAACAUGGGAUUUGUCAUCAAUGGACAAGAAAUUGUACCAUUAUAUGACCCGCCCCAUCUCCUUAAAGGUAUACGUAAUAAUUUGUUAAGUAAAUGUCUUCAAUUUAGGUUGAAUGGCUCCGCAAAAAAAGCUUGCUGGAAACAUAUUGAACAGUUCUAUGAAUUGGACAGCAGAAGUGGUGAAACAGAAUUUCGAGCCUGUCCUAAGCUCACAGAUGAACAUAUUAUCCCUCACAAAAUAAAAAAAAUGAAAGUGAGCUGUUGCAGUCAAGUGUUUAGUCAACGCUUGUCUGCUACUAUGCGGAUGGCCUGUCAGUGGGGUAAACCAGGAGAAACUCUUGACAAAGAUGCUGUUGAUACAGCAGAUCUAUUGUUGUUUAUGGACAGACUGUUUGAUAGUGUCAAUGGGACAAUGCUGAAACCUCAACCAGGAAAACCUCUUCGCUCUGCUGUAACCAGUCAAUCUCCACACGUGGAAUUUUGGAAGGAAGCUGUUGAAGUCCUGUCAACGUUUCGGUUUGUUAAUGAACAGACAAAGAAAGAGGAAACACCACCAUCAGUCAAAAAUUGGAUAGUGACUCUGAAAGGACUUAAAUACCUUUGGGAAAAACUUCGAAAUGUUGGCUUCAAGUUUUUGGCAAACCGUAAUUUCAAUCAGGAUCCAUUGGAAAUGUUAACCCCACAUGUUCCAACUUCAAAACUUCACUGAAAAGCAUUUUGCUGAAUAACUUUGUGUCCAUUCAUUCUGUGAACGCAAAUUGCGAAGAAGAUGACAGUGUAGGAGCUUUGAAUUCAUUGAAGAACCUUCUGUGUGCACACCAAGAAGAAACUACAGAAGCACGUUCUGAGUCACCAUCUCAAGAACAUUCUAUAUUUGAUGACAAAAUCUCAAAAGAGUGUACACCGAUUUCUCAUUUGUGUAACUCAACAAAUGUAUAUGUCAGUGGUUAUAUUGCUAGGACAGUUCUAAAAAAAAUCAAAGGUUGUAAAACUUGUAGAGAAAUUUUAUGUACAGAUACUUCUUCACCUAAUGAUGACAUUAUCACUGCACGGUCGUACAACCCUAAAUCACUGUCUCGCCCUAACUCAUUUUUCACAGACAUUUGCAAAACUCUUUUCAGAGCAGUUGAUACAAAUUUACCACAUAUUUGCCAUGAGAAUGAUAUUAAGACAAGGAUUUUUAGAAAAGUGAUGUUGAAAACAGAAUUGCUUUCUAAGUGUAGUAUUCAUAAUUUACACUCAUGUGUCUGUGAUACAGUGAUAAAAUUUUGUAUUCAUUCUUGGUGCAAUACUGUUAAUAGAAUUUUGACUGGAAAGUAUGCUGCUCCCAAACUUAAAGAUCCUAUAAAAAAUUUGGCACGUGUGAAAUUUUUGAAAUCACGACACAAAAAAUAAAUAGUGAUGUGACCCUCGCUCACUCAUUAAUGGUUACUGGGUACUUAUAAGUUACGUACUUCAGAAUGACAAUGUGUUGUGACUUGGUAUUUGUUGAUAUUGGGUCUGUCAUUGAAUGCAGAAUGUCGGAAUGAGAGUAUGUUGUGACUGCUGUAUUUGUGUGUAGAAAUGUUGAAAUGUGUCAUGUGGUAUAAAAUACAGCAAUACAAUUAGUUAUUUUUAAUGUAUCAAAGUGACUUUUUCCAUACUGUCAAUUUAUUAUAAGAGUAUUUUCUUUAUUCAUUAUGUAUAAUGUAUUUUUAAUGACAGAUGGACACAUAUCUAAAUAAUGGCUAGAAACUAUAUGUUAAAAGCUCAUCCUAGCUUAUGUUGCUAAUUCAUGUAAAUAGGAUGGAUGAUUGUAUAGUGAACUUAACAAUUGAUUUUAAAAUACUGCUGUGUAAUACAGGUCUUUAUAAAAUAUAUGACAAUAGUUGUGUUCUGCAUGGAUUUAUAGUAAAUGUUUAUACAGUUGUACCUAAAUUCAGGAUAACAUUAUUUGUACGAUAUAUUUCUAAUUGUUUGUGACUAUGAUGGGCCAGUGGCCUGAGCGUUUGCCUCAUGCCAAGGGAAUCCCAGUUGCAAUCCCUAGUGGGAUUAUCCUGUAUUUUGGCAUGUGAUGCUAGUCCACACAUUUUCAGGACUCUCAUUUUCCCUGCUAUAGCGUCCCACUCUUAGAUUUCAUUGUGGAGUUACAUGGGCUUACACUUUCUAACAUGAGCGAACUUUCCCUGAUGAUGUGGGUGCUGUUUGUCAAAAAAAUUAUUACAUUUGAGGUAAAAGUUACAUAUAUAAUUCCUAGGACCAUUUUAAGGUGUUAGAAAAUUUUAAAAUUUUACUGGGAACUCUUUUGAUGAAUCUUCAGUGGUUAUCAAACCAUAAAAAAUUACCUACAUUGGUAUCAUAUUAAAUUUUUUUCUGGAAAUAAAUACCUGUUUUUGAAUGCCACGAAACAAAUAUUAUAGCAUAAACUCGUCAAAUAUUAGUAAUAUGAUUUAAUCUUUAAAUGUGCCUCGUCACUGACUGAUACACGAGGGUAGCAGCAGGAAAGUUGUUCAUGAUAAAUUGAAUUUGUUUUUAACAUCAACACAACCUUAAUAGCUCCUACGGUUUUUGUAUGCCUAGUCUUUAAAAGGUACAAGCAAAAGUGCACCCGGCCAUUCAUAUAGACCGAAGGUCACUCUGUUUGUAAAUGUAUGUUUUUAUCUUGGCUAUAUUAGGUUCUGUCUACAAGGGAAUUGAAAAGAUAACAGCUAGGUGGGACAAGAUUUUACAGGAUUGACUUGUGUAUUAAAAAAAAUUAAUAUGUAUUGGUUUUCAAUUACCUUAAUUAAUAAUGCUUGAAAUAUAAUGUUUAUAUUGUAUAGUAAAAUUAUUAAUAAAAAUAAAUUUUUCUUACAGAA